UGAGGAACCAUCUUCUUCGCGUUGGUUGUUUUUACCAAGAUUCUUAUACCCACAAAAAACGCAGCUUCGUAUCCAUCACUUCUAUCUCUCCAUAUUUGUGUCUUAGUCUCUUUUUAAACCACCACUCUUCUCUCCAUUUCACUCUCCAACUGUACUCUGCACUCUUUGUUCCUCCGCCUUCAGCAUGGUGGUCGAUUCCAACGGUAAAUCGGACAUUUCUUUCGCCGGUACUUUCGCCAGUAGCGCUUUUGCCGCUUGUUUCGGUGAGGUUUGCACCCUUCCUUUGGACGUUGCUAAAGUUAGACUUCAGCUGCAAAAGAAAGGUGUAGCUGGAGAUGGAUCGGCUUUACCAAAAUACAGGGGUUUGUUGGGAACGGUUGCUACCAUUGCUCGGGAAGAAGGUCUAGCGGCACUCUGGAAAGGUGUCGUGCCUGGAUUGCAUCGUCAAUGCAUAAAUGGAGGGUUGAGGAUUGCAUUGUAUGAGCCUGUUAGGAACUUCUACGUAGGAAGUGACUUUGUUGGAGAUGUUCCUUUAUCCAAGAAAAUACUUGCUGGGCUUACAACUGGUGCUCUAGCAAUCACAGUUGCAAGCCCAACUGAUCUUGUCAAAGUGAGACUACAAGCUGAAGGAAAAUUACCUGCUGGUGUGCCGAGGCGCUAUUCAGGAGCGCUGAAUGCUUACUCUACAAUUGUGAGACAGGAAGGACUUGGGGCUCUUUGGACUGGACUUGGACCUAAUAUUGCACGAAAUGCCAUCAUAAAUGCAGCCGAACUGGCCAGUUAUGAUCAAGUGAAGCAGACAAUUCUGAAAAUCCCAGGGUUCACAGACAAUGUUGUCACUCAUCUCCUUUCUGGUCUUGGAGCUGGGUUCUUUGCUGUCUGUGUCGGUUCUCCGGUUGAUGUGGUUAAGUCUAGAAUGAUGGGGGAUUCUGCUUACAAAAACACACUGGAUUGUUUCAUCAAGACUCUGAAAAAGGAUGGGCCUCUAGCAUUUUAAGGCUUUAUCCCAAACUUCGGACGGCUAGGAUCUUGGAAUGUGAUCAUGUUUUUAACCUUAGAGCAGGUUAAAAAAGUUGUGAGAAACAUAGAAUCAACUUGACCGUAAAGGGUGAUGAUCAAUAUUUAGUUUAUGAAAUCCUGUGUAGCGAUUGCCAUGGAAGCUAUACAGCGAAUAAUGAAGUCCUCAGGAGCCAUUUUUCUUCGCAUUUUAACUAUUAAGACGACGAAUCCAGCAACAGACAGACAAUUGACUGAAAAGAGAAUUUUAGGAAUUCAGAAACUAUCAAUAUCUGUGAUUUGUGAAUUUCAUUUUCUGGGAAUUCAACAUUGUUUCAUUUUUGUAUGAUCUUUAUAUACUGAUAUUGCUGAUUUCACCUACAUAGGUGGGGGUCCUAAUUGCUACUUUUUCUUCUUGGUAGUUCCCUUUGAAAUCAUAGAAGAUGUUAAAGCUUC